UCUCGUCGUCUUCACCCUCCGCUUCGCACGAUUUUCACGCCUUCGCGUCCAGGUGUCACAGUUCACGCGUCUAGCCAUGGCCAAGGACAUGACUCUGCUGUGGGGCUCCGGCUCCCCGCCGUGCUGGAGGGUCAUGAUCGCGCUGGAGGAGAAGAACCUGCAGGGCUACAACCAGAAGCUGCUCUCGUUUGAAAAGGGCGAGCACAAGUCUGCGGAGGUCAUGGCCAUGAAUCCCCGGGGGCAGCUUCCUUCCUUCAAACAUAAAGACUUCGUCCUGAAUGAGUCCUACGCUGCCUGCAUGUACCUGGCGACUCAGUUCCAGUCCCAGGGCAACAAGCUGAUCCCGGACUGCCCAGCGGAACAAGCAAUGAUGUACCAGCGCAUGUUUGAGGGCCUCACACUCAACCAGAAAAUGGCGGAUGUUAUCUACUACGCCUGGAAGGUUCCGGAGGGAGAGAGACACGACUCUGCUGUGAAGAGAAAUGCAGAGACUCUGACUGCUGAGCUCAAGCUGUGGGAGGGUUACCUCGGGAAGGGUUCUUUCCUGGCCGGAAAUAAGUUUUCACUGGCUGAUGUGAUUGGUUUUCCAGGCAUCGCUUAUCUCUUCCGUUUCCAGCUGUGUGAAGAGCGUUACCCUAAACUGGCAGCCUACUAUAACUCCCUAAAGGACCGAGCCAGCAUCAAAACCAGCUGGCCUCCGACCUGGCUGGACACCCCAGAUACAUCCGCCAUGCUCAAAAACAUCUGAGACUCAAACGCACAUCAGCUGAACCACUGGAACUGUUCCUGUUGCGUAUUAUGUAACCACUCCUUGCUUUGCACUACUCUAGCUGGCAGCACUUUUUAAGAAAUGUGCUUUUGCGUUGGUUAUUAAUUGCCUAACAUAAUGUGUGUAGGUUUAAAACUGCAUAUUCAUUCUGUGCUGUGAACAAUAAACAUUGGCUUUCA